AUGACCUUGACGGACGACAUCCAGGGUGAAUUCAACACCGCACACGAGACAACAGCUGGGAUUAUUGUUUUGUGUGUGUGUUUUCUACCAGGUCACACAUGCAGUGGAAGGUGUGGUUACGUAUGGGAGGAAUGCUCUUGCCAUGCGACCUGUGUGUCUUUGCUGAACUGCUGUGCAGACUACAGCCAGUCCUGUCUGCAGGUCGCCCCGUACUCCAGCUCCAUGCUGGGUGGACGUGCUCUCACUAUCCUCAGUGUUGUCUUUCAUCCCGGUGAACGCCUCUUCUGCAGGUUCAAAGGUGAGAUUGAGAGCGAGGGGUUUAUUGAUGCCGAAGGCCACGCCCGCUGUAUUACUCCUUUACUGUAUGAGACGGGUUGGGUGCCAUUUGAUGUCUCCACUGAUGGAAUUCAUUUCAAUCAGUCUGGAGAGUAUUUGUCAGUCCACCCCAGUCGAACCGAUCCUGCUUUUGAAGUCGCUCUGGUGAACGGAACCCAGUGGCAGAAUUACGGCACGGCGGGCACGGCGAGACUGUUGGAGAUGACGUGGAACAGCUCUUUGAUUGGAGCAGACAGAGUCAACAUAGAGCUGUGGGGUUACAGAGAGGUCAACAUCAGCACAGAGUCAACUUCGCUGCAGGCCGAGUUGAGCUAUCUGUACUCCCUCGGUAGGAGUCUGCCCAACACCGGUGCCUUCAGCUUCACCCCCGAGCCCGCCAAGGAAACCUUCUCUGCCUGGGAGCUGGGGAAUAUUCGCAUCACUGCUGCCUCAGAGUCGGAUGGAGCGAGGGAUGUGCAGGGCCUCUGGAGUCAAGCCCAUGUCUUAGCCUGGCAUCUGGAACAGGCGUUCAGAGACGAUUCUGCCGCCUGGGCCAGGAACAAGUGUGUGCAGUGGGACGCCCUGGAAAAGACGCUUCCCAACUUCCUGGAUGAGAUCAUUGACUGUCCAUGCACUCUGGCCCAGGCUCGGGCAGACACAGGCAGGUUUCAUACUGACUAUAGCUGCGACAUUGAGAGGGGCAGUGUCUGCACUUAUCACCCCGGUAGUGUCCACUGUGUGAGGGCAAUUCAGGCCAGUCCUACGCAUGGAUCAGGGCAGCAGUGUUGCUACGACAGCACAGGGGCUCAGGUGCUGACGGGGGAUUCGACAGGCGGCAGCACCCCAGAUCGGGCUCAUGACUGGGGCUCCCCUCCAUACAGGAAGCCCCCACGAGUGCCAGGCUACUCCCACUGGCUUUAUGACGUCACAAGUUACUACCACUGCUGCUUGUGGUCUGACUACUGCCACAUCUACCUCAGCCAUCGACCUUCUAGUGGGUGUCAGGCCUACCAGCCCCCAAGAGCUGGUGCCGUCCUCGGGGACCCGCAUUUCAUAACGUUUGACGGCCUCAGCUACACUUUCAACGGUAAAGGAGAGUACUACCUAGUGUCUUCGCCAGACAAAGAGCUGAGUGUUCAGGCCAGAACAGAGCAGGUGAAACUUAAGAACGGUACCUCGGCCAAAGCCACACGUCUGUCAUCAGUGGCCAUGAAGGAGAAGACCUCUGAUGUCAUCGAAGUGCGUCUGGCAGAAGAUCUGGACCACCUACAGGUGCUGAGGAACCAAAAGGUCCUCGCCUUCACUGAGCAAAGAUGGAUGGACCUGCAUGGAGUAUUUGUGUUCUCCCCGAGUCCCCAGAACGUGACAGUGAUGUUCUCCUCUGGUGUUGGGGUGGAGGUGCGCAGGCAUGAAGGAACCAUGGCAGUGACGGUCCUGCUGCCAACAGAGUUUACCAACCACACCCAGGGUCUCCUUGGCCAGAUGAACUCUGACCCUUCAGAUGACCUGCUGACCUCCCAGGGAGUGGUCAUCACCUCAGACAAUACCACGCCUGAGGAAAUAUUUACCUUUGGAGCUGGCUGGAACAUAUCAAAGGAGACGUCCCUUUUCACAUAUGACUCAAAGUAUCUUUUGGAUACAUACCUUAACCAACCAACACACGACCCCGCCUUCAUCCCUGCCUUCUCUCUACCCGAGAGACCCGAUGACCCUCUGGUGGCAGAUAUGUUGAAGAUGUGCUUUGGGGAUGGAGCGCCGUUCUGCAAGUAUGACACCCUGACCACUCGCAGCCUGGCCGUGGGAAACGCCACCCUCAGGGCUUACCAGAGUCACAGCGCCCUCAUACAGGACUUGGAACCAGUGGUGUCUUGUGGCUGGCUGCCCACACCCAGGAAUGGGAAGAAAACUGGAACAACCUACCUUGAGGGGAAAACCUUGAGCUUCUCCUGCAAUGCCGGCUACCUGUUCUACGGCUCACCAGAGCGUACCUGUGUGGAUGAUGGGACGUGGACCGGAGAGCAGCCGUACUGCAUUACAGGUUGGUUCUAA